AAUAAUCAUGCGACGCAGAAAAUAUCCAUCUUCUGGUCAUCUAUCAUCGGUUUGGUCACAUUGUAGCCCUGAUGGUUCCACUAUAUAGUCAUGUUCCCAUUAUCCUGCAUACAGGCGGGCAAACCCAUUUCCCCCAUACAAAAGCUCCCCUCCGUGGCGGGCCUAUGACUCUGGAGGUUUUUGUUGCUGGAGAGCUUUAAUUUUUCAUUAUUUCAGGCCGAUUGGAAAACCCAAAGAAAAAGGUUUAUCUUUGUCUUUAUACUUUCUUGAUACCCUGAUCUUUUUCAUUAUCCCCUGGCUAACGAUGUCACAUCCCGCAGCCAGUAUUAAGUCCAUAAUUAGUGGUAAGACUAAUUUGGAUACUCCCGAGUUUGACCCCUUUGAAAGUGGUACUAGUUUUGAAGAUUUGAGAAAUGGUAAUAGGAUCCCAGAUUUUGACGAUGAUAUUAGUUCCAAAUUUAGUCACGACUCCAAUUACAGCGUAUCUUCAAGGAAUAUAUUGAAUUUGUCUAAUACAAAUCCUCCCUCUUAUACUACUUAUCAAAAUAAGCUUGUGGAUAAAGAUUUCUAUAGGCAGAAUUCUUCCACAAAUAUAUCGUUGGCGUCCUCAAAUAGUGAAUAUCAACAGGAGGUUAGUACUAAAGUGGAAUUUUCGACUCCACUUCAUCCAAAUACCAGUAGUGAAUUAGGAAAGAACGGAGGUGCAACCCUGCCUUUCGAAACUAACUCGAGACCGUUGUCUAGAAAUUCAACCACGUCCUGUCUUUCCACCACCGCAACAAAGGAUGGAGUUGAAGGGAAGAAGUUACACCGCUCGGGUCCAACUGCGUACUCUAGUAACAUAAUUGUGUCCAUGCUCCAGAAUCAGGGCCAACUGCAGCAGCAGCAGCAACCACAACCACGCUCUGUCCAGCCACAACCUUCUCGCUACUACUCCGAUCCCUCGUCUCCUCUUGCUAACAAGAACCUAGACAUUCAACGAAAUUUCCACGAUGGCUUGGAUAAACCACCUGACCGCAAAAGUCAAGUAGUCAGCUCGGACCAAAGCCCCAGCUCAGCUUAUCUAGCCCCAGAAAAUGACGUUCUCAGUAUGGAUCACGACACCCCUAUGGAAAAACCAAACAACUUCAGCCAAGCUUCUGUCUACUCUACCUCUGCCCAGGUUGAUGGGGACGAAGGUAAGAAGUACGCUGUGGACAUCACCCAAUUUUCAGAUUCUGUUCCUCCGGUCUCUCUAAAAGAGAAAAUCGAUAUGAUCGAUACUGAUAACAUCACUCCAAAAGAGAAAUAAGUCUUCUCGUUCUAUUUAUAUAUAUGCCUACACAUAUAUAAGCUAAUGUCUUUUCACGUUGUAUAAUUUAAUGUAUCCUAUGGAUAUUGACUGCAAAUGUAAAAACCUUAUAGUGCGAAAAAAAACACUCAAUAACCAAAAUCCUUCAGUGGAGAAUGAAAAAAAAAUUUACUCCAUCGACAAGCGAAACCGAUUUUGCCAUCUUUGACCUCCUAGACCCUCAAC